CGUCCUUGAGCACUCACUCACUCACGCUACCCGCAGCAACAUCUGGCCUUCGAGCUCCUCCAUGACUCUGUCACUUGCUCCGUCCAGCCACCGCCGUCGCAACUGUCAUCUCCGGCCACUCUCCCCCAAGCCAUUCCCCCAAUCCUCAGUCCUUCCUCUCUCAACUCUCAACCCUAGGUUACAGUCUCCCCCACCGCCGCAAGGCUCGACUCAGCGUUAAACAAUCGGUGCGUCCGCCUGUAUAUUCUCCUGGUAGCCCGUCGUCCGUCGCACGUCGUGGGUCGUCGUGCUCAUUGCCUAGUCGACCGUCGCCCUCACCUUCUCAUCACCAGCGUUCUUGCUCCUUCUCCCUCAUACUCUGCUCAUUGCUCACUUCUCAGAGUCUCAUACUGAAAGCACAGCGCUGGCAGCUCACCUCGGUUCACCGCCGCCGUCGUCGUGCCUCUCGCCGGAUACUCCACAUCGUGUGCUCACGAGUCGCGUCUCGCCUCUCUCCUCCGUCUAUGCUGUGUGCUCGGCCGCUCGCGUCUCGCCGCGCCUCCACCGGUGAGUGCUCGAGCUGUGCUUCCUGCAGCCGUGCAGCGUGUCGUCGUCUUCCGCCAUCACAGCCCCCAACGCCUGGUGUGCUCCACUUUUCGCGUCUUGCCUCUCUUCCUGCAGCUGUGCUUCCUGGUGAGUGCUCGCGGCGAGCUGCGCCUCCGUCCCUCCCCCGCCUCUCUUCCGUGGUUGUUGCUGCCUAAACUGCUGCUUGUCGUCCAUCUUCUGCCUCUGCAAUAUCAGCUGAUUUUAGAGGGAUGUACUUCGAAAUCCCAGCAAUCAACGAUGUUGUUUAGGUGUCAUCAUGAGCGGUGAGCCCAGCACAGAAAGACAACACCACAGUCGCAGGCUCAUAUUCCAUCUCUGAUUCCUCCCUCUAUUUCAUCCAAAGCUUCCAUUAAUUGAGAAUCACACCAACCAAUCCUUUUCAAUUUAAAAAAUGCAGGGGAAUUGCGUGUUACUGCCGAUGAUGAUGGAAGUAAAGGUCAGAACUUCAAUUCUGGUAGUCUUGAUACACUGAGUGAUGAUGAAGAGGAAGAAGAUGGUGAUGGUGUCGUGAAAGGGUCUAGUGAUGGUGAUGAUGAGGGUCUUGAGUUUAUGAGCUCCUCUAAUGGCAAUGACAAUCAUGCAUAUGGAGAGAGUAUUGGUAGAGUUGAAAUUGAUGAACAUGAAUUCAGGCACCCUUUGGUUAAGGAAGUUUGUAGGUUGAUUACAUAUAGGUCAGCUUGGAACCCUAGACUUGAAGGAUAUUUGAGGUACUUAUUGAGAAGAUUGAAGCCCCCACAUGUUUGUGCUGUCUUACGCUCUCAAGAAGAUGAACGGAUUGCUUUGAAUUUCUUCUAUUGGGCUGAUCGGCAGUGGCGCUACAAACACAAUGCUAUUGUCUACUAUACAUUGUUAGAUGUGCUUAGCAAGACUAAAUUGUGCCAGGGUGCUAAGCGGAUUCUUAAGCUUAUGAUGCGCCGUGGAAUCAAAUGUUCCCCUGAGGCUUUUGGCUAUGUGAUGGUGUCUUAUAGUCGAGCAGGCAUGUUGAGGCAUGCCAUGCAAGUUUUGACCGUGAUGCAGAAAGCUGGAGUUGAACCUAAUUUAUCUAUAUGUAACACUGCUAUCUAUGUUUUAGUUAAGGGCAGCAAAUUGGAGAAAGCACUGAGAUUCUUGAAUCGAAUGGAGCUGGUUGGAAUCAAACCCAAUGUUGUCACUUAUAACUGCUUGAUCAAGGGUUACUGUGAUCUGAAUCGGGUUGAAGAUGCAUUGGAGCUUAUUACGGAAAUGCCAUCCAAGGGAUGUCCCCCUGACAAGGUUAGUUAUUAUACUGUGAUGACUUUCCUCUGCAAGGAGAAAAGAAUUGAAGAAGUGAAGCUGUUGAUGGAGAAAAUGGUGGUGAAUAGUGAAUUAAUUCCAGAUCAAGUUACAUAUGAUACACUUAUUCACACGCUAUCCAAGCAUGGACAUGCAGAUGAUGCUUUGGCUUACUUGAGAGAAGCAGAAGACAAGGGCUUCCACAUUGAUAAGGUUGGGUAUAGUGCAGUAGUUAACUCCUUUUGUAAGAAGGGCAAAAUAGAUGAGACGAAGAGUUUAGUGAACGAGAUGUACUCGAAGGGCUGUAUUCCUGAUGUUGUGACAUAUACUGCUAUUAUUGAUGGAUUUUGUCGCAUGGGGAAGAUAGAUGAAGCGAAAAAGAUGCUGCAGCAGAUGUACAAACAUCGGUGCAAGCCAAAUACCGUUUCAUACACAGCUUUGUUAAAUGGCCUGUGCCACAAUGGGAAAUCGUUAGAGGCAAGGGAGAUGCUGAAUGUAAGUGAGGAGCAUUGGUGGACGCCAAAUGCCAUAAGUUACAGUGUUGUGAUGCAUGGUUUCCGUAGGGAAGGAAACUUGUCCGCGGCUUGUGAUUUGGUUAGGGAAAUGGUUGGAAAGGGAUUUUUUCCAACUCCAGUUGAAAUUAACCUGCUAAUACAGUCCCUGUGUCAAAAUCAGGAAGUAGUUGGAGCUAAAAGAUUUUUAGAAGAAUGCCUGAAUAAGGGUUGUGCCAUCAAUGUCGUAAACUUUACUACUGUAAUUCACGGUUUUUGUCAGAUUGGUGACUUGGAAGCUGCUCUAUCAGUGCUAGAAGACAUGUACUUAAUCAACAAACAUCCUGAUGUUGUCACAUUUACAACAUUGUUUGAUGCGUUGGGGAGGAAAGGUAGAUUGGACGAGGCUGCUGAGUUAAUAACGAAAAUGCUGGGCAAAGGUUUGGAUCCUACUCCGGUAACAUAUAGGACAGUCAUCCACCAUUAUUGUAAAUGGGAGAGAGUGGAUGAUAUGUUGAAACUAUUGGAAAAAAUGCUUGUUAGGAAGCCAUUAAGAACAUUAUACAAUCAAGUAAUUGAGAAACUUUGUGCUUUGGGGAAACCCGAGGAGGCUGAGAAACUUCUGGGGAAGGUUUUGAGAACAGCAUCAAACCUUGAUGCUAAUACAUGCCAUGUUCUCAUUGAAAGCUAUCUGACUAAAGGGCUUCCUCUAUCAGCAAAUCGAGUGGCUUCUAGAAUGUUCAGCCGUAAUUUGGUUCCUGAUUUGAAGUUGUGUCAGAGAGUGAGCAAGAAACUAAUGUCUGAUGGAAAGUUGGUUGAGGCUGAUAACCUUAUGUUGCAACUUGUUGAGCGUGGAAUACAACAAAAUGAGACGAAUUUGUGAUAUUAGCUACUAUUCCAAGCUUAAAAGUUGUGCCCAUGGUGCUAUGUUAUCACUUCCCUUCGUUGGAGAGAUCCAAUACAUCUUGCAUUUCAAUGUGCUAAAUUGAAGAUGCAAGACACAUUUUGCAAUGGAGUUGUGUAGAUAUUGUGGAAUAAUGUGCUACCUACUCACAUGCUUUUGGUGUGCACUCUCAAGUCUCAACCAAGCCAAUCUCAGUUAGUUCCACUUCUUCAAAAUUGCCUAUAAAUAGACCUAUGUAUUUAAAUGCCUUCUCAUGUCCAGACAUGAAAUUUAAAAAAUAUUAGUUAGCUUACAAAUUAGAUAGGAAAAAGAAACUAGAGAGAUGGAGUUGAAAUACAAGAUGGUAAGGAAAGUAGUUGUGAUUAUUCUAUUACUUAGGAAUCAUUGUCAUUGUUGAUGCUUGCUUUGAUCCAAUUUCGGUCUCCUUCAAGAAGGUGCUGCAUUCAAAUGGAGGUGGCGAUCACUUUGUCAAAUCUAAAUCUUUUAUGUUUUGUGAUCAUUGUUUUUGCAUAGAGUGUAGAGUCAAUGCCUCUCACAUGCAACUGUAUGGCUGGAUGUUGGAUAUCAUUGCCACCAAACUUGCAAUAGUUGACAUUCCUCUCAUUUCCUCAAAAGUGUCAAUGUUUAGAUGAAAUGGUAUCUUGUUAUCCUCCAUGUACAAUCUAGAUGACUAAUUAAGAAUACCAACAAAGUUUAAGUUACUUUUGAAUCUUGUAACUGAAACAAAAUCACUCAUAAAAAUGCUCCUGUUAUUUUUA